AUCACUCGGAAUUCACACAACGUUAUAGUGUAAUCUGAGCGGAGCCUUGAAUGCCCUGAUGUCGUUGUCGAUUCGAAAGAACAUCACUAGAUCGCGCAAUGGAUGCGCAGAAUGCAAAUCCAAGAGGAUCAAGUGCGAUGAAGCCAAGCCCUCCUGCUCGCGCUGUGAGAGGCUGGGCAUUCCGUGUCCAGGGUAUAAGAAACCUCUGAAAUGGUCGACGAGAUCCAAGCCUUUCACCCCCCAAGCGAAUACUCUGGAGAUAAGUGAAUCAGGAAACCCGCCGGAAAUGUCUGGAUAUGCCAUCGACCAGCCGCAAUGCCACGACCAGUCUACCAUCGAUCUCCAAAACUCGGAAUUCUCAGAGCAAUUCGCAGAUAUUAUCAACACAGGAGGCAUUCGCCUCCAGGAACAUGACAGCCUGGAGUCACCAUUGUCGUUUAUAGAACCGUUGGGAGCAGCACAGCAAUUCGACAUGGAUCCAACGCCAGGGCCAUCUUCAUACAUUGAAUACCAGGAGCCGAACGAGGAUGACCUGUGGCAAGACAACUUUAUGAGCACCGCACAGCAACUUGACAUCGAGCCAACGCCACGACCAAGUCCCCAAAUUGGACACCAGGACCUGAACAAAGACCAACAAUGGCCGGAUACCUUUCUGAGCCCUCUACAGCAAGACUCUGGCAUCCAGGAACGCCGAGUAUCGCUGAGACCAUCUUCAGGGACUCGCUACGAAAUUCCGCUUUCCAAAUCCCUGCAGGACCACUCGUCGAUUUUAGUCGAGUAUUAUUUCAAAGAAGUGUGUGGGCUCAUGUCUUGCUACGAUAGUCGAAUGAAUCCAUACAGGACGGUAAUUUCCAACGUAUGGUCACAAUCCCAAUCUCUCUACUACAUCAUCCAGAGCAUGGCUGCUGCUUGCCUGUCUGAGGUGUCGCCCAAUCUCGCCAAAGUCAGCCGCCAGCUCCGAGACGCCGCAGUGAGCUCUGUAUCGAAAGAAACCAAACGCACUCAAAUGGAGACUCCAUCUCUGUUGGCAUUGGUCAUGCUUGGCAUGAGCCUCUCCUGGCAUGACGCUGGCAGUCUGGGCCAGUCAGAGUUCGAACUACUUGCUAAAGCAGCUUGUUUUUUUGAGGCUCAUGACGACAGCCUUUCUUUAGCAGACAAGCAAAAGAAAGUUUUCUUCUAUAAUUCGCUCAUCUACUGGAGGAUGUUACUGUCAUUCGUCACGGAUCAGGAGUUGACAUCACCAGCAAUCCUGCAUCGGCCACAGCCGUCUCAGUCAAUAAUCGCCCAGCCGUGGGAACUGCGCAUGCCACAUCCACAAACAGGUAUUGGAAUCGAGGUGCAGGAGCUGGUCGCUAAAGUUGGGAGUCUGAUCAGGAGGGAGCGAAAGCGAAUUCGCUCUCGUCGAUAUUCAUCGAGGGAAGAUAUUGAGCAGUCCGAGAAAGCCAUUCAAACUGCGGAAAAUCUCUACGUCAAGCUUUGCGCAAUCGACCUACCGAAGGAGGAUUCGAUUGUUGACUCGGGAGACGAAAUGACCCCCACAGCCCAUUUGCUGAAGAUUGCUGAAGCUUACAGGUGUAUGGGCUUACUACAACUCUAUCGAAAUUUCCCGGACUUGCUUUCACUUUACUCGUCACCGAGGGACUCUGCCAGUCAAUCGGGCUCGCCAAACAGUCCUGAUGGCACCUAUGAUUCUACCGACACCGGGCAUUUGCUGGAUACAUGGUUGACUUGCCUUGCCCUUCACAUUCUUGAUUUAGUAGAGGAUGUCGCUGUAUCGUCACGGAGCCGGUCCAUCCAGCCGCUGCUACUCGUUGGCAUUUGCAGUGAAUUAUCCCUCAGUCGUUCAUUUUGCCCGAUCGGCGGCCGGCAAAGAGUUCCUGUAGCCAGCAUUACGUCUAGUCCACGGAUCAAGGUCCCACCUACGGCCAUGGACGUUCUACAAGCACGAAGAGCUGUCAUUUCUCGUCUCUCGUAUUUCGAGAACGUCUUGGCGGCCAAACCUAUACGGCGAAUGUUGUUGCUGAUAAAAGAGACAUGGGCUUGGAUGGACGAGAAACAGGAGGAUGUCUAUUGGAUGGAUGUGAUGAUAGAGAAAAGCUACGAAACUUUGAUGGGUUAAGGUGAUUGCAAUAUAAGAUUAUUUAAUAGGGAACCAAUUGAUGAUGGGUGUGAAUCUUGAAGCAUGCUUGGUUGGCUGACCCCAGAAGGAGGUAUUCCGUAUCAAUUCCAACGCGCAGGGCCAUCAACGCCAUUCCAUAGGGAACGUGUGGCGAAAGAUACCGUCAGAUAAGCCAUUUCAUCAGGCAAU